AUGCACUUCUCAAUAUCACAAUGGACAGCCCUGGUGGCCACGACACUCUCUUGCGCGAACUGGGUUAAUGCACACACCAUCAUCGUCUACCCGGGUUAUCGAGGCAACAAUCUACACACCAACGGUUCCGUGGAGGCGGCGGGUGGACUUGGAGCGGCGUUUGUGAAUGAUACCACGAUGUAUCCCUAUGGCAUGCAAUGGAUGUAUCCUUGCGGUGGAAUGCCAAUCUCCACCAACCGCACAAAAUGGCCUAUCCAAGGCGGCGCCAUCUCCAUUCAACCAGGCUGGUUCCAAGGCCACGCAACAGCCUUCUUCUACUUCAAUCUCGGUCUCGGUGCCAUACCACCAAACAUGAGCAACCCGAUGCUCCCUCCCUUCCAGAUUAUCGGUCCCUCCGCGAACCCUUACCCGGGCACAUUCUGUCUACCCCAAGUUCCCUUGCCGGCUGGGUUGAAGGUUAAUGUGGGUGAUUUGGCGACUAUUCAGGUCAUUGAGACCGCGAGACACGGUGCUGCAUUGUAUAAUUGCGUCGAUAUCGAAUUUGCGAACCCCGAAGACUGCGUGGAAGUCACCCAAGACAACUGCUUCAAUUCAUCCGACAUCGCGUUCGCGGAUAUCUAUGAAGUCAAUGUAACGACUUCUGCGGCGUCGCCGUUGUUGAUGACACCGGGAUUUGCGCCGAUGAGCUUUGUGGCGCUUGUUACUAUGCUCCUGUCGGGGUUCAUGAUAUAA